UUUCUUAGCCUAGGUAUGUAGUCAAGGCUUGUCAGGGUUUGCUAGGCUUGCUAGGCUUGUUAGGGACCUGCUCAACUCGUCCUGCCAAUUGUCUAUCGUAGAUUAUGAGCAGAUAUUCAACUCGCCUUGUAGCCACUUAUCGUUGGCGUGGAUGGCUGCUCUUGGUCCAGUUGACUUAUAAGACAGUUAACGGCCAUGCUAAUGCAUUCUAUUAUCUGCACUCGGCCCACACACCUCACCCUUCUUCCCACGACAAUUCGACAAUUCGCCAAUUCGACGCGCUUCAUCUCGGGUCUUUCUCGCUGUAAAGCCGUCGAGAUAAUCAAACAUGCAAGCGAAAUUCCUUGAUAUUGGCAUCGUCUCUCUGUCUAUUGCUU